UGCGACUUUACAAAUUGGCAUAUUUUGUAAACAAUUAGAUUUAAAACAACUGUAUUAGAUAUGUUAGAUAUAUAAUUUAAAAAAAGUUUAAACAUAUCGACUAGUUAAAAAGUGUAAAUUACUUAAACAUUGUUUACUGUUAAUUUAAGAAUAAAAAUGAAUCAAAUGAACAUGCAUAGUGGAAUGAAUCCUGGUCCUCCUAUGGGUGCAGCACCACCCAUGCAAAUGCCAGUAUGUGGUCAGAUAAUGCAGCAGCCUCCACAUCAAAUGGCACCAGCUCCAAUGCCGCAGCAAACCCAACAGGACAAAAUGGAUAAUAUAACCAAGGUUAAAACAUUGAUGAGCUCCUUGCGAGAAUGUCUACCUGUGACAUUAAAAUCAGCAGCCCAAAUAUUGCAUCACAAUCACAAUGUGGACUCAAAUACUCAAAAAAGCAUUGAGCCUCCAGGUGCAAGGUUUGAUAAAAAUUUAGAAGAAUUUUUUUCACUCUGUGAUCAAAUGGAGUUGCAUUUGAGGACAGCAACAUCAUGUAUUCAACAGGCUCAGUCGGCAGCGCACUAUCUUCCUCUCACUGUUAUACCAUCUAGAAUGGAUUCUGGGCCCGUACAAGAAACAACACUAAGCUACCCGCAAUAUUUGAACACUGUAAGACUUCAGAUCGCAUAUGCGAAAGAUAUACACGACACUCUCGUUGCUGCUGCACAAAAUAUAUCACCUACAGAAUAGCAUAUAUACGGUUUUCAAACAGAUGUAAAUCUUAUGUCUUACACAUAAUGACACAAUAUUAAAAUAUCGAAAAGGUAAAAUGUGUUAACACAAUUUCAUCGAAUACGCUGUAUAAGGAAAACGUAAGAUCCGCGUAAAUAAACGGAAGAACCUACGAAUUAUAACAGAAACACUAUCGUAUUGACAGAUAUAUAAUCAAGAGUGGAUUUAUGUCAAAGUUUAGAUCUUUAUGAAAUACUCAUUUGUUUGUUUAUAAUAUCCUUCCAAUCAUUCAUUCAUUCACUGACUCAUUUGCACCCUCACACUUACUCAUUCACUAAACAGUGUGUUGAAAUAGUUGAAAAAACAAAAAUAAAUAAAAUGAAAGAUGUAAUUAAAAUAUAUUAAUAUUAAAACGAAUAGUUGUCAAUAGGGUAGUAAAGUUUGUACUGUACGCAUCUAUCAAAUAAAAAACAAUGUGUUUUAUCAAUUAUUUAUUUAGGACAAAAUAAUAAAAUGUCUUACAUUAUUACAUCUUUAUUUCUCGGCCACUUAUACAUCAAUGGCACGAUUUUAAAUUAAAUCAAAUUCAUAUAAUUUUUUAUGUCAUUUAAUAACUGGAAGAUCGUUCUUUGAGAUCAUAUAUAUUUAUUGAUAUUUAGAUAAAAAUCAUCUGAUCCCAUUUAACAAAAAUAGUAUUUAUUUUACAAUCUUUGUUAAUUAGGUCUUACCUAAACGGACCUGCCAUUACAGAUGUUAGAGCAUGGUUAUAAUUAAAAACUUAUAUUAAAAUCACAAUUGUAAAAUCGUAAAAUACUAUCAGUCUUCAUAUCAUAUUUAGUUGAUUGACUUGGCGCCCGUGAACAUCUGAAAUGAAAAAAAAUACAUCUAAAUAUAAGCAUACAGAGUUUGUUUUUCAAAUGAUAUAGUCUGUAUUUUAGGACAAUAGAUGUUCAAUAUGUAUAUUAAAUAUUCAAUAAUUAUAUUAAUAUUUUUUUAAUAA